GUCGUUCCUACCAUAGGUCGUACGGUUUGCUUGGGAAAACAACCGUUUGGGUAUUGUUGCCGGAACUGCCGCCGACUUUGCAUGUGCAUUUGAAAUUUUUAUCAUGCGACACCAACAACAACUGUCGUGCUUCGAACGUUUCGUAAAAACGCAUAACUGAGACCUUCGUGAAUCGUUUAUUUUGCCUAUGUGAGGAAAUGUGCUUCUUCCUUGAUUGCUCGGGCCCAUAAAUGAAGAUUCUUCUGAACUUUCAGGUCUGUCAAUUAUAACAACGAAACCGGUACGUGCGAGCUGAACAGUAUGGACCGUAUCACAGUGGCAGGCAGUACUGCUUUUCAGCCAUCCGCAGGGUACGACUACAUGGAGAACAACUGCAUUGAAGAACCGUCCAAGCUGUGCGAAUUCAAAAAACUGAACGGCAGAAUCCUGAAGACUGUAGACUCGGUGUACCAAGAUGUCGCUUCUGUAGAUGAAUGCAGAGAACUGUGUUUGAACUCUCCCUACAGGUGCCACUCGUACGAUUAUGGUGAUACCGGUGAGAUGGUCUGCAGGCUCAGUCACCACUCUAGGGCUACCCUUUCUGAUAUCCAGGAACCCUACUUGGACGUACCAGAAGCUGCAACGUAUGAGUUAAGUUCGUGCUACAAUGUUAGUAUCGAGUGCAGGGCAGGAGAUAUGGUGGCUCGCAUCCAAACCAGCAAACUGUUCGAUGGAAAGAUGUACGCCAAGGGAAGUCCCAACUCAUGCGUAAGAGAUGUGAACAACAGUUUGGAGUUUGAACUGACCAUGCAGUAUGAUAAUUUAGAGUGUAAUGUCAGAAAGAAUGGAUUGGGAAGAUACGUCAACGAUGUCGUAAUCCAACAUCACGACAAGAUAGUAACAAGCAGCGAUUUGGGAUUGGCUGUCACAUGUCAGUACGAUUUAACCAAUAAGAGCGUUACUAACGAAGUGGAUCUAGGAGUACAUGGAGACAUAUCGCCAGCUCUGUCCGAGGAGGUUACUGUAGACUCCCCGAAUGUCGCGAUGAAGAUCACCGAUCGUAAAGGAGAAGACAUCAUGCAAUCCGCAGAAGUUGGGGACCCCUUGGCAUUGAAAUUCGAGAUUUUGGACAAAAACAGCCCGUACGAAAUCUUUGUUAGAGAACUGGUGGCUAUGGAUGGAGUUGACAGCAGUGAAAUCGUUUUGAUAGAUUCCAACGGUUGUCCAACUGAUCAUUUCAUCAUGGGGCCUAUUUACAAGUCAGCGAAGAGCGGAAAGAUCUUGUUGUCUCACUUCGACGCCUUCAAGUUCCCAUCCAGCGAAGUGGUUCAAUUCCGUGCCCUAGUCACCCCAUGCAUGCCCAGCUGUGAGCCAGUGCAGUGCGAUCAGGAGGACAUUUCUGGAGAGCGGAGGUCUGCAGUGUCCUACGGGAAGCGUAGGCGCAGGAGGAGUGUCUCCUCCUCAGCUGCGCACGAUGAUAUGCUCCUGGUACAGUCCAUUCAGAUUACGGACAAGUUUGGCUUCGACAAAGGUGCUAAUAGAUCAAGCAGCGGCAGUGAAGCAGUAUAUAUAGCCGAUGGAGGACUUUGCGUGAACGUCGCUGGCCUUAUCGUGGCCGCAACCAUCUUCCUCUCUGCCCAAUUGGCAAUCAUCGCCGCAUGGACCUUUAUCUGGCAACGCAGGAAAUUCAACAGCAAACUUUCACACCAGGACACCAUGUCAGCUGUCAGCGUUAGCAUGCCGCCAGCCAGUCGCGCGGACAGUUUGUGCAAGCUGUACGAUGCAGGGUACACCCACCAACGCCGAUUCUAGACACGCAGCCCCACUUUAGGUUUACUAAUUUUGCCCACGGAUUUAUACUCGUAAUCGUGUAACGGUUGGAUACGUUUCACUAUAAAAAGAUAUCAAGCUCUCAAACAAAACACGAUUGUAUCAUAUAUUCAUUUUUAUGAUUGGUUGAAACUCUCAAAUUUAUUCAUGUAUAUCGGUACUAAACAAGAUUGAACUUUGUUCAUCCAUUUUAAGGUGUAAGACGCUAUAAAUAAUAUACUGAGCAGCAGUUAUUGUUGAAACCAUAUAUCGCAAUACAUCUUGCCAUACUACAAACAUAAGAAUUAAAAUACAUUUUCGAAAUCAUAAUUUCAAAGUACGGAAAAAAUAUCAGCUGUUUUAGCCAGUUUAAAUGGGUUAUGAUGUACUAACUAGCCUUACUCAUGGUUAAAAACGUUAGCACGUGUCAAAAAUAUACUUUUCAUUAAAAGUCAACUAGUGACAUGUGAACUAACUUCUACUCUAAGUUAGUUGUUUUUGAGCUUUGAUUGAAUAUGUUAUAGAUAUUCGACACCAGAAUCGCGCGUGUAACCUUUACCUGCAUGCUUUUCAUGAUGUUAACAUCAUUCGUUCUAAGCUAACAAGAUUUCAAACACAUAUGUCUGGCGAACACUUUAACCAACUUUCCGAAAAAUCCCCAUCAGAAUCACUUUACUGUGACAUUGCAAACAUGGAUAAUUUUAAACUUGCUUGAAGAAUUUUGUAGACUCCUAUAUAGGAAAGUAUUUAGCGCCUGUUUAUUUUUAUUUUUGAACUAGCUAUGAAUGAAUGACGGAAAUGUUGGUAUUUUUUGACGGAUCGAAAUUGAAAAUCAGCACUAACAAAUAUACUUUUGAAGAUGAUUAUAAAAGUGAUGAUAGAAAUAACGUUUUUCGAUUUCUAGCUUUAUGAUAUAUAAAAAUAUAUUUUAAUUAAGAUAUCUAGCUAUAGCAUAGAGUUAACGUUUCUCAUGAUGGCCUAUGUGCAAUUAUUUUAUUUCUGCUAUAUACUCAAAUAAUAUUAUCACGUUUUGUAUUGUUUAUUCAAAGCUACUCAAAACCGUUCAAUAAUAUAGUGUUGGGUUUAUUUUCAUUGUUAAUGAAUGACUUCUAUAGUCUUCUUGCCCUAUUGUCUGCUAACAACUCCUUUAUAGCUCAGUGUUAUUGAGUAUUGCAAAAAAAAAUUCUACUGUGCUGUAGAGAGUGAUAAUAUUUUUUGGGUGUAUUACAAAAGUUUUGCCCUUGAAAGAACAGGUAGUUAUAAAACUGUAUUUUUUUGCUUCUAUCAGAUUAUCUUAUACAUCGAGAGAAAAUGCUCUUAUGUAAAUAUCUAUAGUCAAACAGAUUGUAGGAAGCUGCUAAGUUGUUAUCGGAAGGAGGAAAACCCGUUGCCUAGGUCAGAGAAGACGCAAAAGGAUAUCAAAGUUGUUUAACACAAUCACUUUCAUUUUGAUAGCAUGUAAAGGGUUAUUUUUGAGAAAAUAACAUGCCACAGUUCUGUGAUAGCCCUAUACACAGUCACACUGUGGUGUAACCAGCAGCUCUGUGUGGCUUUAGAUAUUUAGAUCUGAGAAAACCCGCAUUGUAUUGAAAUACCGAUACCGCUAAAACAGUACUAACUUAAUUUUAGAAUGUACCUAACACAUGUUGGUUUAUUCCACCAAUAUUGAGUCAGAAACAAAAAAAUGCCUUCCCAAAAGUUACUUCCAUCCAGGAGAUUGAGGAUAUUCCAAUGCCUUGUCUCUAUUUGUUACAAUAAGCAGGUCCAGUUACUAUCCUCGAGUACAAGAAACGAGUACUUAAAUACUUACACUUCAAGUUCAUUUAAUUAACCGAUUUACUCUCAUCAACAUCAACUACUCAUUAGGGAUCCUCCGAAAGAAAGCUUAUUAGGCGUGUUAUGUGAUUAAUUGGUCAAAGAUGUCCAACAGAGUAAUUUGUCAUUUGGUUCUAAAAAAGUAAAUUGUAAUCUCACUCUGAUAAAGUAAGAACAUUUUAUUUGCGGAUGCUUCUUCAGUGGAGUAUCUACAUUUUCUGACUUUCUUGGACUGCUGGUUAUAUAGUACAUAUUUAUUCAUAGAACAGAAUUUUGCCUAAAACAGAAUUAUUUGAUAGCCAGGUUAUUAUUCUAGAAAGGAUUUGGGUAUCCUCGUCACUGAGUUACUACAUCUUCGUGGUGAAUUCCAGCUAGGAACCAGAAAUUCGCUUCUACUCGAAACUGUACUGUAGUUGCACCAUGAACACUCACUUGAGAAGGACAUGCUACACUAGCAUCACUAUUUUUGGUUCUGGUCUUACAUUUUUAUUCACAGCAGGGCCCAAAUACAGAUACCUGAAUAUGGUAGAUCAAGAAAGUGUCAGACAGUGCUUUUCUAAAGUAGGUUCACUGUUCGAAGAUAUCAUACUCCUAUACCACACUUAGAUUACAGUAACUAGCCAAAAAGGAGUCUAUUUUAUGAAAAAAAUAUUCAGAUGGAUUUAAGAUGGGAUUAUAUCGUUUGGGGUAAAUAACAAUUUUAAACGUCAAAAUUUAAAAAAUCACUCUGCCUACAAUGAAGAAAACGACGAAAUCAUCACUUGAAUAAUCUGCAGAAGAGCUGUAUAUGUUCAAUAUGAGAUAGUAGUAACGUCGAUGGCCAGAGUAUUAAAAAAGCAACUAAAAACAAUUUUUAUGGGAAGCAUUAGUAAAAAACUAGCAUUUCUUGAUAAAUUUUUCAGAUAUUAGUCAGUACAGACUCUUUUUUGCUAUUAUUCUAGAAUUGCUUUUAUUCACCUUUUAAUAAAAAAUACAUUUUAAUAUCGAUGGUUUUAUACUUUUUGUCAAUUACAAAUCAACAGCUUUUGAGGGUAUGUUCUGUCUCUACAACUUUUUUGUAGAUUACUGAAACUUUUUUCUAAUCUUACAGUUAAAUAAAAAAAAAAAAUUCUAUGUACUGAUGAGGCGUCUUUCCAUUAACUCUGAAAUCCGUUAAUACAUAUUUCUAUAAAAUGUGAGAUAUGCUAGCCUAGACAGACAAAAAUGUAGAAGAGCUGCUAGUUAGCUCUUAUGCAUGAAACAACGGAAUAAUGGAUCAUUAUGGCGUAUAUGUAUUUGGGCCGGAAAAAGCAUGUUGCAUCCUACUUAAAGAUGUCGCUGAGCAUUCAAGGAUUCAAGGACGAUCUGAUAUGAAUGUGUUGUCACUAAGAUCUAACGGGAUGAAAGGUGUGAGUGCAUGUGUAUUUAAAUUGCUUGUCCUUGUGUCCGGGAUGCUAUAGUUGGCGGCUCUGGCUGCUCUUAAGCUCAGCAUCUUCAAUGUUUUACCCUAAAUGUACUUAGUACGACUGGUUUGAAUACGACUACCUCGAAAUUCAUUUUGAUAACGAUUUCCGCAGUCAGUUGUGAUACGGAAGUGGAGAUAUUGCAAAAUAAGUUAACAGAUAGUUGAAGAUGCUGAGCAAUUGCUGGGCUGUUAACUGAUGAGCAGCGCCGAGCAUAUGAUUUAUAAUAAAUAUACCAUAACUGUAUUUGUAUUAAAUCCUUAGACAAUUUUUAAUUUAUAUUAUAUAUGGAAAUUUUCAAUUUUGUUAAGUUGUACUGCUGAACGAAUCUAGAGCAAAUACAUGAAAUCCAUACUGAACCAAA